AAGAUAUGGGUUAUGUAAAACUUGUAUUUUUUAUGCUAUAUUCCUUUCUUUGUCAACUUGCUUUCUCCUCAUCCUCACCUCAUUUGUGCCCCAAAUAUCAAGCUCUUGCUCUUCUACAAUUCAAGAACAUGUUUUCCAUUAAUCCUGAUGCUUCUUAUGCUUGUUUCGGCAAUACAGGGAUUCAGUCAUAUCCAAGAACUCUUUCUUGGAACAAGAGCACAAAUUGCUGCUCAUGGGAUGGAGUUCAUUGUGACAAGACGACAAGACAAGUUAUUGAGCUUGAUCUCCGUUGCAGCCAACUUCAAGGCAAGUUUCAUUCCAACAGUAGCCUCUUUCAACUCUCCAAUCUCAAAAGGCUUGAUCUGUCUUAUAAUAAUUUCUCUGGAUCGCUCAUUUCACCUAAAUUUGGUGAGUUCUCUAGUUUGACGCAUCUUGAUUUGUCGCGUUCAAGUUUUACAGGUCUAAUCCCUUCUGAAAUCUCUCACCUUUCUAAACUACACGUUCUUCGUAUUUCGAAUCUUUAUGGAUAUGGGCUUGGAUUUGGACCUCAUAAUUUUGAAUUGCUCCUGAAGAACUUGACCCAAUUAAGAGAGCUCAACCUUGACUAUGUGAACAUCUCUUCCACCAUUCCUCUGAAUUUCUCUUCUUAUUUAACAACUCUACAGCUUCCAUACACAGACUUACGUGGGGUAUUGUCCGAAAGAGUUUUCCACCUUUCCAACAUAGAAUCUCUCGAUUUAUCUGAAAAUCCCCAGCUCGCAGUUAGGUUUCCCACAACUACAUGGAAUAGCAGUGCAUCACUUAAGAAGUUACAUCUCUAUAAUGUGAAUUUUACUGGUAGGAUACCUGAAUCAUUUAGCCAUCUAACUUCACUUCAUGAGUUGGACAUGGGUUAUACUAAUCUGUCUGGGCCCAUUCCUAAACCUCUAUGGAAUCUCACCAACAUAGAGAUUUUGUACCUUGACAAUAACCAUCUUGAAGGACCAAUUUCCCAGUUCUCGAGAUUUGGAAAGCUCAAGGUGUUUAGACUUGGAAAUAACAACUUUGAUGGCCAACUUGAGUUCUUAUCCUUCAAUAGAAGCUGGACGCAGCUUGAACGGCUAGAUUUCUCGUCCAAUUACCUAACUGGUCCAAUUCCAUCCAACGUAAGCGGACUGCAAAAUCUACAAUCACUCUACUUGUCAUCAAACUACUUGAAUGGGACUAUACCUUCCUGGAUAUUCUCCCUUCCUUCACUGACAGUGUUUAACUUGAGCAGUAACACUUUCAGUGGAAAAAUUCAGGAGUUCAAGUCCAAAACAUUACGUAUCGUUAGUCUAAACCAAAAUAAGCUGGAAGGUCCUAUUCCAAAGUCACUCCUAAACCAGCAGUUCCUACUAGCUCUUCUCCUUUCGCACAAUAAUAUCAGUGGACAUAUUUCUUCAGCUAUCUGCAAUCUGAAAACAUUAAUACUACUAAAUUUGAGAAGUAAUAAUUUGGAGGGAACAAUCCCACAAUGUUUGGGUGAGAUGAGUACAGUUCAGAUUUUGGAUUUAAGCAACAAUAGUCUUAGUGGGACAAUUAAUACAACUUUUAGUAUUGAAAACCAACUCAUCAUCAUUAAAUUGGGCAGGAAUAAGCUAGAGGGGAAAGUUCCACCAUCUUUGAUCAAUUGUAAAUAUUUGGAACUUCUUGAUUUAGGUAACAAUGAGUUGAAUGACACAUUUCCAAAAUGGUUGGGAGACCUACCUAAUUUGAAGGUUUUAACGUUGAGAUCAAAUAAGUUCAAUGGCCCUAUAAGGACUAACAACUUGUUUGCUCAAAUUCGAGUCAUAGAUCUCUCCUCCAAUGGAUUUAGUGGAGAUUUACCAUUGAGCCUUUUCGAGAAUUUUCAAGCCAUGAAAAUAAAUGAUGAGAACAGUGGAACUCGAGAGUAUGUAGCAGAUACAUAUUCUUAUUAUUACAGAUGUUUUUUGAUAGUGACAACAAAGGGACUGGAUCAGGAACUUCCUCGAGUUUUGACUACACAAAUAAUUAUCGAUCUUUCAAGGAAUAGAUUUGAAGGUCAUAUUCCAAGCAUUAUUGGAGAUCUCAUUGGACUUCGUACGUUGAACUUAUCUCAUAAUGUCUUGGAAGGUCAUAUACCAGCUUCAUUCCAACAUUUAUCUGUGCUCGAAUCAUUGGAUCUCUCAUCUAAUAAAAUCAGCGGAGCAAUUCCACCACAACUUGCAUCCCUCACAUCUCUUGCAGUCUUAAAUCUCUCUCACAAUCAUCUUGUUGGAUGCAUCCCCAAAGGAAAACAAUUUGAUACGUUUGAGAACAGUUCAUACCAAGGAAAUGAUGGAUUACGAGGAUUGCCACCCUCAAGAGAUUGUGGUCGUGAUGAUAUGGUACCACAAGAGACAAUUCCAGUUGAGCUAGCUCAAGAAGAGGAAGAAGAUUCACCAAUGAUCAGUUGGCAGGCGGUUCUCAUGGGUUAUGGUUGUGGACUAGUUAUUGGACUGUCUGUAAUAUACAUAAUGUUGUCAACUCGAUAUCCAACAUGGUUUUCGAGGAUGUUUGUGAAAUUGGAACACAAAAUUACUACAAGAAUGAAAAGGCACAAGAAAAGAUAUUAGUGUGUACUCUAGCAACGUCCAGGAUUCAAGUCUACUGAGCUGCUGGGAUGCAGAUAAAAGCCUUUAUCUUUCAUAGUUUGUGAUGUUUACAUAAAGUGUUUGUUAUCCUAUGAAUAAAGAUAUGAUUUUUCUUCCGUUGAGACUCAAAUCAGACUAUAGGAGUAUGGUCACAAAACCAGAUCCAGUUUACCAAUCAAAAAACUGAAGCUUUAUUUUCAUAGUUUCUAAUGUUUCAUAUUAGAUUUUUAUUACUACCUGUUGUUUCCUUAGCCUCAAUUACUGUAUUAUAUUGUCGUUUUUUCUGCUUAUAUUACUGCAUUCUUUUACAUCUUUCUUUGAGCCGAGAAUCUAUCAAAAAUAACCUCUCUACCUUCAAGAUAGUGGUAAGGUCUGCGUACAGACUAUCCACCCAAGACGACCAGGCCCCACUGGAGGGAAUCGAUUACACUGAGUUUGUUUGUUAGCCUAUGAAGAACAUGCCAUGUCUGGGCUCCUGCACUGUCUUCCAUCAGCAGGUCAAUUCUUGUUUCUGUCAAGUUUGUGUGGUGUGUGUUAAGAGAGCUAAACAAAGAUAUUUUUUUGUGACAUUCAAACAAAAUGCAUGUGUUAUUACAAGUGCUGGGAUUUUGUGUUGUCGCUUUCAUUUGAAUCUUUAUCUUCCCUUCCAUCACUUGUAAGCAUACAUAUAAGUAGUACUUUUCAUUUGAAGAGUACGUUUGUGGAACUUUUUAGUUGUGUAAAUUUUAUUUCAAGAUAAGUAAAAGAAGUCGAUAUCUGAAUUUA